CUUGAGAUAAAUCUGAACGGACGAGUAGAGCAACUUGCUUCUAGGCAUCAGACCUCCCGGAUCUCUCCUCCUGAUUUCCCCAAAACUUUGAAUAACAUCGAUUUUCAAGAAGAACAUCAUGUACAUGUUGAUGUGAAUCUUAAUCAUGUUGGCUUGUCGUGGAGGCAGCUACUGUGACUUGUUUUAUCUUCGAAUAAUAUUGUUGUUGAUUAUUUAUCGUAUCUUCCAUCGUACAGGAAAUAUGAAGAAGUUCAUCUGCUUACCAUGAUUCCAUUUGUUCCAUGUUUUCUUGUCGCAAUAAAAAUGUGUAAUCUUGACGUACAAGAUAUUAGAGUCCAGCACUGUCAACUACAAACAAAAACAUGAAGACGGGCUUCUAAAUGCGACGGCAGCGACAGAACAAAUGAGCAGGAGGAGAGCCAACCCAACUGCACGGUGAGAAGGGCCAUCAGCUAGAAAAUGUUGCUGGCGUGUGUAGUUAUUGCAGUUGAUGUUCUUCCUGGAGGUGGCUGCGGGUAAAAGCCCACAAAGAGGAUGACGCACACCAGUCGGAAGUGAUGAAAGCAGAAGGUCUUAGAGGUGUCUGAAGACAGAGGGAGGUGGUAAAAACACAUCCACAACUCAGCCCACGUCAAGAUCUUCAAAAUGGACAUUGACGAAAUCGACUUUGCUUCUGCGGCAUCACAAGAAGAGGAGCAGCAACAGGACGAUGUUGAGGACAAAGUUGGUGUUGAGGAGGGUAUCAGCGUGCGUGAGCCUGGAGCAGACGAGGGUGACUCAGUCCAUAGGACUGCGAAUUUAGCUGAUGAUGAAAGAACAGAGAGUGUGCUGGUACUAGAAAAUGCUAAUGCAGUUGUCAAGAUACAAGAAGCAGAGGUGGGUGGUGGAGGAGUCCAAGAACCUCCGAUAGGUGGAGGUGCUGGCGGGGCUGUGUCAACGUCUUCAACAAACGCAGUUGAGGCUGCAACUACGGUUGUGCCUUCUGUUGAACAAGAAGCUAGUGCACCAAUUAGAGCAGCUCCAGCUGUUUCGUCAACUGGCGAUGCUUCUACAUCAUCCUCAGCUCCGGCACCUGCGGGGGCACCACUUCCUGCUCCUCUCCCCGACAGCACGACUUCAACUUCACUCACAUUGCCAGACAGCUUGAAACGGCUAGAAGAAAAUAAGGUGGGCGACCCCGCGCUUGGAGCUGCCUCUCUGUUUGCCUCUGCGAAUUCGUCAGAGCAGUCUCCGGAGAAUGAGACAGGCUCAGGACAAGAGCCGGGUCGAGUUGAAGGCGACUCCCAACAACUUCUUCAGUCACAGGCAGUAGUAGAAGGAGUACCAUUAGCACGACGAGAGGGAGCAAACAAGCUGCAAGAGGAUGAGGAUACCACCACAAAGUCAGUCACCUCCAAGAAGACUGCUCGAGUCUCGACUGGUUCUGCAUCAGCCAAAAGGCGAAAAAAACUGUUGGAUGAACAGGAACAAGAUGAAGAUCUUGAUUUCGGUGAAGAUGAGGAGCUGCUGUCCGAGCCUGACUUCGUGUUGGCGGGAGACGAUGACGAUGACAACAUCUCUAACGAACCAGAACUGCAGUUGGAUGAAGAUGAUAUUGAUGAGAUGCUUGGAGGUGAAGAUGGAGGUGUUGUUGUACUUGAGGGAGGUGGUACUUCUACAGUGAGGACACCAGCAGGAACACAAUUAAGGCAGAGAAAAACCCAACCCUUUACACAGCCCAUUCUUCUCAUUCCCCUUUUACACAAGGGGAACAAUCCAUACUGGGUUGCUGGCGUAAGGUUGGGCUUUUCUCUUCGCUAACACUACCAAACGCAGGAGCCUCAUCGUCUAGUAGUGCAUCAGCACCAGUCGUUGACAAAGGCAGUAGCAUCUUCGCUUUAGUUGCUCGCAGUAAGAGGAAGAAAGAACGGCUUCUCGCAGAUCAUCACGCUGACGACGACGAUGACGACACGCAUUUCGAGUGGGAAGACAAACUCGACAUAGCACUGAAGGAACUGGCAGAGCAAGAGGCGAUGAAGCGGAAGUUUGCACUGCAGAAGGCGCUUGCAGAUGAGGGUCGAACGUGUGGCUUGGAGGAUCGGAGUAGUAAGGAUAGUGCUGGAAGUGGAGCAUCAGGGGGUCAGGUGCUGUCAGGCAAUGAAGUCGCCCAACAGACGAGCAUUCUUGUUGAGCCAGCAGCGAAACGACAGAAGAUCGUGGUUACGACAAAAGCAGUUGGCGUUGCCGCGGGCGCCGCAAUAGGCGGCUUAAUAUCUUCUGGCACCACGACAAGCACGACUCUUCUAGGAGCAACUCUGGUGCCCGCCCCUGCGACCACGUCAGCAUCCCCGGCAACAUCUGCUACCGCUGUCCUGACCAAAGCACCUCCUCCGAGGCAAAAAGUCCUUCUCUUGCCUCGCGAAAUGAAUCCACAUACACGAAGACUCUUAAGUUUCCGAGCUAGUGCACCAUAUUGGAAGCAUCUUCUCGGAACUAGUGCCGAUGCGGAUACACCAGUGCCUUCAUGGAUAGAACAGAGAGCAGCUUUGGAAUUUGUAGCACCUCCAGCUUGGAUGCAGGACACGCUGAGUGCCCAUGCUGGAGGCCGGUUGUUCUUCUCGUCGGAAGGGUCGUCUUCCUCCACUCCUGGUGUCAGUGUAGGUGGACUCGUAGUCGGUGGAACAAACCCGUCUGGAGGUAGCUGUGGCCUUGCGGGAGCUCAUGCAACCACAAUUUCGACAGGUCGUGGAGCUCCUUCUGCAUCUUCAUCAACCACGACGGGAGCAGCUCUGCUCCUCACCGGCACUUCCAAGUUUGCCUCUGCCGCAUUGAUGUCAGGGACGUCGAACAAGGGAAAAGGACAAGGCAGCGGAUUUUUUGCACAGUCGGUAGGUCCGUUUAAGAACGCGAAUCUCGCGCCAGACAUCCUAGAGCAUAUUCAGACGAUUGCGCCAGCAGCAAUCUUCGGGAGUAGCGCAAAGGGAGCCAUGAUGCCUCAUUUACUGAACACGAGUCAUAUGCAACUGAUGAGAGAACAAGAAUGGGAGAAGGAAGAAAUGAAGUUCUUCUCGAAUGUUGGCACGACUAGCACUUCUUCUAGCGAGACUCCUGGUACUGCCGCGCCUGCAGUAGCCGCGGGCGGGGCAUCAGGUAGCGCCACAACUACAUCACUCGUGAUUGCUGGAGCAGCAGUUGCAACAACGAGCAACUCAGGUAGCAGUGCGACAAAUGCACCGGCGCCGCCACCUGUCGCUGCAUCCGCUUCGACGCCCGCAGCUGCAGCACCAGCGCAGACUGCUACCACGCCUGGCAAGGGUCCUCUUCCUACAACUGCAGCUCCGACAACAACCAGUGCCACAGCCCCUGCUACUUCUGCCUCUCAGAAUGAGACGAAUAAAAUUGUCACCACAUCGAAGAAUGGUACUCAGCGGGUCGUUGUUCAAGUCGGCUCAUCGCAGAUUCUCUCCGACGUUCAGAAUGUCUCAGCCUCUGGCUCUACUCCACCGAAGAAGAUCGAGCUCGUACCAAGAUCAGGCUACGUCGAUCCUGCAAUAAAAGAGGCAGGAGGUGCUUCUGAAGGUCAAGGUUCUGGUGAAGGACAUUCUACUUUGAAAGACGAGUCCUCUUCUACUAGUAAAACUACGACCGGCAACAUCGACAAGAAGACUCCCACUCCUACUUCUCGAGCCAAAGCAUUAGAAGCAGCCCAUGAGAAACUUGUUCAAGCUGCAGCUCUCGCCACGAAGCAUCUGCAACCUUCAGAACAGAAGAGUCUCCAAAAUUUGCCACUUCUAAACCAGUUUCAAGUCGCGAAAAACAUUCUCAAAACCAGAAUACAUCCUAGAGACAUGCUCUUAGCGAUCUCACGAUGGCAGAAAGCCUCUGACGACUACACUUUAGAACAGCAGUUGCAGGAUGACUAUUUCGCUGAGGAACUGAAGCAGGAGAUGAAGUUUAAAGGGGAAAAAGGCGGCAUCAAAGGGUUGUUGGACAUGGUAAAGCUGAAAGACCCGAAUCCGCCAGCGAAGGGAGGCGAAAUGGGGAUCCUGGAGAAGAUGGCGCUCAGAGGGAUUGGAGUUGGUACUAAAAAUGUUAAGCUCUAUUUCGUUCUUUUUGGUAAACAGCUGUGGUCUCUCUUGAAGUCAACUUGCUCAUGAAGGUCGUGAUCAGGGUCUUUUUGGCUACAACUCUUUAUACAUACAUACGCUCUACUUAUUUGUGAUCCAUUGCUCGCUUUUAACGUCAACAAAAAAAAACUGUAAACGAGUUCUGUUGAGGUUCAACUCCAAGAACUCACAAAGUAUUAAUCCUUCAAUCAUAUUGAUAUUCCAACUCCAUCCACCUCCUUCCACAACAGAAAACCGGCGUCCACGAGACCCGAACGGAACUGUCGUGACCCAGGAGAACUUCGCUUCUUUGACCUGGGAUCCGUGGGGUCAGCACCAGCACCAGUAUCAAGGUUGGCUCGACCAAGGUGCGGCACCCAUUAUUGGCUAUUCCGCAGGCGCAACGGCGUCGGAUGAAAAUUAUGCUAACCUGAAUGAGACUAGGGAGAAGUACGGCUACAAAUAUGACCCAGCGACUGGUCAGUGGUACAGGCAACAAGACUCGAGUGCGGCUGGUGGUGGAGGUGGAGAUGAUACGGAGAAGGGAUAUUGGGCUGAAGAUGGAACUUGGAUUGAGUUAGUGGUUGAAGAACCUACUGCUGGUGCUACAACUACUGCACC